GGAUCAGAUUUGACUCAUCAAAGAGAAAGACCAGACUCGGAGGAACCAAAGCCAGGGACGUCCGAACCAGCAAGACGACACCAGUGCUCCCACUUUAGAAAGGGUUGUAACCGGUUAUGGAACCUGAAACAACACGAGAAAAUACACACAAGGGAGAAGCCUUACCACUGCUCCCAGUGUGGAAAGAGUUUUAAGCUUUUAGGAACCCUUAAAGCUCACGAGAAAAUACACACAGGGGAGAAGCCUUACCACUGCUCCCAGUGUGGAAAGAGUUUCAAAUGGCCUUGUCAUCUGAAACAACAUGACAGAAUACACACAGGGGAGAAGCCUUACCACUGCUCCCAGUGUGGACAGUGUUUCAAGCGGUCAGGGGAGCUGAAACAACAUGAGAGAAUACACACAGGGGAGAAGCCUUACCACUGCUCCCAGUGUGGAAAGUGUUUCAGCUGUUCAGGGGAGCUGAAACGACAUGAGAGAAUACACACAGGGGAGAAGCCUUACCAAUGCUCCCAGUGUGCACAGUGUUUCAGCCAGAAAGGAAGCCUGACCCAACACGAGAGAAUACACACAGGGGAGAAGCCUUACCACUGCUCCCAGUGUGGAAAGAGUUUUAAGGUGUUAGGAAACCUUAAAGCUCAUGAGAGAAUACACACAUGGGAGAAGCCUUACCACUGCUCCCAGUGUGGAAAGUGUUUCCGCCGUUCAGGGGAGCUGAAACAACAUGAGAGACUACACACAGGGGAGAAGAAACAGCAUGAGAAAAUACACAGAGGGGAGAAGCCUUACCACUCCUCCCAGGGUGCAACGUUUUUGCCCAUUUAGGAAGCCUGAAAGAACACAGGUGAAUGCACCAAUUUGUAAGUCGCUCUGGAUAAGAGCGUCUGCUAAAUGACUUAAAUGUAAAAACACAUGAGACUACACACAGAGGAGAAGGCUUAGAAAUUGCUCAGACUGGGAAAACAUAUUACUCAUCACAGUCACUUGAACGUCAUGAGAGAAUCCACACAGAAGAGAAGAAUUACUUGUAUAUUGAUAUUUCACAUCUCAUUGACUUAAAAUUCAUCAGAGAACAUACACAGUGCUCUCAUUGUCUUAUAUUGUUGACUGAUAAUGUGUUUACUUGUUUUUACCGUAUGAAAUUAAAUGGUACAAGGUAUACUCAAACAUAUAUUUGUUUGUUUUUAUUAGAAAACAUGACUUUAAUAUGGAGUCUGUCAUUUUGAAUAUAGAGUAGAUCAGAUUCCAUGUGUUUAAAUGGUCCUUUUAAAACUCUGACUGUGUGUUUAUCUGGGUGUGUCAUUCCUCCAGCACUACAGAUAAUCCAGUGAUAUUUGGAUGUGAUUCUUUUGCUCCAUUGUUGACAUUUGCAUUGUUGGCCCACUGAUGAUUUAAUGACAUGAAAAUAUUCAGACUAUAAUGGAAAAUGUUAAUUGUAUGUGUCCACAUAACUGAGUAUGUGACUAACCUUGUGAAACGGUCCUAUUAUAAUCUCCUGUUCUUGGGAGUAUCAUUCUGUGUUGUAAACCAAUUUGCACCUGGGUCCUUGUAUGAAUAAAGUCCCUCCCAGGAACAGGAAACUAUAAAGAUAUGUGCUCAUCACCCAAUGCUUCAG